AUGAACACCGUCAUGAGGCUCAGGAUAAAGAAGAUCAGGAGAGUGACUAUGGGCAAUACCAAUGCAAGGCUGUCAAUGGGUUUGGCACCAACAUGGCUACAAUCAAACUGAUGGCACCACGUUCUGUUACACCAUCAUUUGAUGCCAAAACUCAGAACAUCUCUGCGUCACCAGGCUCUACAGUAGCUCUACCCUGCACAGUUCAGUCCUUGGGGAAAUACAAGGUGUCCUGGCUGGAUGAGGAUUCGAAUGUCCUGACGUUUGGAAACUCGCGGACGUCUGACGAUGACCGUCUUCAUGUUGAGCGGUCGAUGGCACACAGUUGGGAUCUGGUCAUCAGCGAUGUGACUGAAGCUGAUUCUGGAACCUACAUGUGUCAGGUCAACACACCCAAACAGAUGGUCAAGACUGUCACACUACACGUGGGCAAUCCUCCUGUGGCCGAGGUGUCAGUGGAGAGCAUGACCAAGUCAAUCGGGGACAGUAUCAUGCUGUCCUGCACCAUCUUUGGAUACCCCCAGGAGUUGAUGAUGUGGACGCUGAACAGUUCGGAUAUACCAACAGGAGAAAAAUAUAACAUCGGCAUUGAAGACGUGGACAACAUGACGGCUAUUUUGACUCUGACGAUUGGGUCACUACAGAGGCAGGACUUUGGAGCCUACACUUGUCGUGCCACCAACAGGUUUGGGGUGACGGAGGCUACUGUAAAUGUCAUUGAGCGGCCAAGCAGCACCGAGCCUCGGUUUGUGGAGACCUCCAAGAACGUGACAGUGAUGGAGAAGGAGACAGCAGUUCUACCCUGCUCUGUGGAAAAUCUUGGAAACAGCAAGGUGAUGUGGAUCUAUGGGAAGGCAUACUUGACGCAGGCGAGACGCAUCGUGGCCAGAGACGAUAGGUUCAGUAUUCUGAAGAAAGGUGACAGAAAAGCAUGGAACCUCCAGAUAGAGAAUGUCAAAUAUAGGGAUGCUGGAAUCUACCGAUGCCGGGUGCAUGGCAAACACCCCAUCGUCAGAAGCGUGUUCCUCAAUGUUAAGGCUGAUUCACCAUCUUCGGGACCGAUGUUUGAACAACCGUCUGAGAACUUGACCGUAAUAGCCGGAACUACAGCAGUGCUUCCAUGUGGAGUGAAGAAUCUGGGAUCAUAUCAGGUUGUAUGGACUGGAGGCAAGGAACAGAAGCUGCUCACAUAUCGCUCUCGUCGCACCACUAAAGACAAACGGUUCAGGAUUGACAAACCCUACCACAAAGACUGGAACCUGCACAUUGAGAAUGUAAAUGUGGACGAUGAAGGCUUGUAUACUUGUCAGGUCAACACCAACCGUCGUCUCUCUCGCUAUGUCUAUCUCACUGUUCAAUCUCCAGCAAGGAUCAUCGACAGCGAAAACAAUGACGUCAUCGUCCAGGAAGGCGAGGAUGCGGAGCUUGUGUGCAACGUCACCGGUGACCCCCUUCCCAAGGUGACAUGGAGGAGAGAGGAAUCGGCAGCACUUUGUAAAGGAACAAUCUUUUCGGGAGAGUUUGGCGAGAUCCUGCGUGUACCUAGAGCUGCAGUCAACUGCAGUGGUGGCUAUGAGUGUAUUGCAUAUAAUGAAAUCCCCCCUGCAGUCCGUCUCACCAUGAUGCUGACAGUCGGAGUGAAGCCUCAGGUCAGGAUUAUGAGCGAAAGGAUAUCGCAGAUAGCUGGCAAAUCGGCCAUCUUGGAGUGCCUCAUCGACAUGAACCCCUUUGAGACAACCACGUGGUACAGGAACGGGUACAAGGUGGAAGUAGACUCGGAGCGCCGAUUCAGCCAGGAAUUGUUUGAUGAAGGAGGUUAUUCAUAUGCCUUGUUGCUGCGUAUCGACGAUCUUCAGGAUGAUGACUUUGGCAACUACACGUGUGCAGCAUCGAAUGCAUUUGGAUAUGAUGAGAAGUCCAUGAAGUUGUAUGAGAUGCAGCCAACAUUGCCACGGAUCAGCCAGUCCGUGUCUACUGUGGUAGUAGAGGAGGGCGAGUCAGCCAUCUUGCCAUGUGCUGUGAAAGAUCUGGACUCCAGGACGGUAAGCUGGACAAACAGUGAGGGCGUACUGACCGUUGGCACAGAUGUUCUUGAUGGUAAUGACACAAAUCUGAGUGUAGAGCACUCUACCGACGAGCAAUGGGAUCUGGUAUUGGGGGAGGUGAUGGAAUCCGAUGCUGGUGUCUACACCUGCCAGGUUGCCAUAGAUACGCACAACAUCAGUAAACAAGUUACACUGUCAGUAGUAGUGCCUGCCUAUAUGGUGUCCACUUCGGACAGCAUCCGUGUUGAAGAGGGUCAGAAUACCAUGUUGGAGUGUGUGGCUGGAGGAAUACCUACCCCCCAGGUCUUGUGGUCGGUGGGCGAGGGCAACAACUGCAGUCUAAUAGGUGUGAAUCACACAGGACAGUACUUGAAUCUGACCAGCGUGAGGCGGGACUGCGAUGGAGACUUCUACUGUCAGGCUCGCAAUGAAUAUGGCGAGACGUCUAGGAUGAAGAUGACGGUCGUUGUUGAAUUUCUUCCAGAGGUGACUGUACAGGGAGAGAUGGUGGUUCAGGAGAUGGGCCAGGAGACAAGGCUGGAGUGUCAGGUUGUCACCAAGCCUCUCGGGGACGUCAUGUGGUACAGAGGCAACACGAAGGUCGAGUACAACGCCAAGUACAAGGCUGAGAUGCGCAACGAGGAAAAGCUGUUUACACUGACGUUAGACAUCCAUGACCUGAGAACUGAAGACUUCGGGGAGUACACCUGUCGGGCUGUCAAUUCUUUAGGAACUGAUGAAGAGUCUUUGACACUCAACAGUCCUGCUGUGGUGCGGUCCGAGUUGUCUUCUCCUGACACAUCAGUGGUUGAAGGGACGUCCUUGACCUUGACCUGCGAUGUGUUGGGUGUACCAGCACCUGUCGUCUCCUGGUACAAAUUGACUGAAAACAUGGAUGUCAAGCCACUUGAAGCCCCGAGAGAGGAUCUGGUGUCAGAAGGCCAGGAGCUUGUGUUCCCAUCAGUGUCCAAGAUGGACAAGGGAGUCUACAAGUGUGUGGCCACAAACGGCUUUGAGUCAAUGGUCAGUCCCAACUCACACCUCAUCUCUGUGACAGUUGAAUACCCUCCAACCGUCACCCUUGUUGAUGAUAUGGACGAAGAUGAUGAGGAUGAAGAUGAUGAAGGGAAGGUUCUCAAGUGUCAGAUAACUUCCUUCCCACAAGGCAUUGCAAUGUGGAUGGAAAAUGGUAUUGAGAUAAAGAAUGAUAACAACCACCACAUUGACAUCAACUACAUCUGGCAACAGCACCAUUGAACUGCGUCUCCACAUCAAGAAGGUUGGCAGCAAAGCAUCCUACUACUACACCUGUGUCGCCACCAACCCACAUGGAGAUGAUCGAAAAGAUGUCAUGGUCGAAGGUAGAGCUGAUGACAUGCCAGAUUUGGACACCGUAACAGAAGCAGGUUUCACUGUAGAUGAAACUACAAUCCCCUUCGGCAGCAGUGCCAGUGGCGGACAUAGGAAGAAGUCCAAGAAGGACAAGGAUGUCGGUCAUUCUGAUGGCGGCUCAAAGAGACAAAAGAACAAGAAACAUAAGGACAGGAAGGGAAAGAAACACAGGAAGGAGAAGCCACGAUACAACGAAGAUAAGGUCCACACAGUGUACGGAGCUGAUACGGAUAUGGAAGUGAAGAACGUCGAUGACAAUAAUAACGUCGAUAUUGAUACGGAUGAGAAUCGUGUAGAAACCCCAUACAUCACUGGCAACGCGGAUGAGAGCAGAUCAAUACCUGCCAAGAAAGACACUGAAGGCAGUAGUUCCGUGGUAGUACCAUCAACCCUCGUGUGUCUUGUUUUACUAAUGAUAGGGCAAUUAAUACGGUAAAUGUUUUCACUUUUAAAUAUUUAGUCCA